UCCAAAAAAAGGGGUUUUAUUUUGAAUGUGAUAACCGGAAGUGCAUAAUUAGCGGCGGUUAGCUUGACACCGCGAACCCCUCACAUGUACACAACAAUUUAGACAAUUCUUUAGACAUUUCUUUAUAUUAUUCAUUGGAGGCAGUCUGCCGUUCGGGUUAUCUAGGUGCCACUUACCUGUGCACAAAAAGCGGCUACCCUGACGAGAAAAGAUGCCUGAAAUAAAAGUAACACCACUGGGUGCUGGACAGGAUGUCGGCCGCAGUUGCAUCCUCGUCUCCAUUGGAGGCAAAAACAUCAUGCUAGACUGUGGGAUGCACAUGGGAUACAAUGACGAUAGACGUUUCCCAGACUUUUCUUACAUAACCCAGAAUGGACGUCUGACAGAUUUUUUGGACUGUGUGAUCAUCAGCCAUUUCCACUUGGACCACUGUGGCGCUCUGCCCUACAUGAGUGAGAUGGUGGGCUACGAUGGACCCAUCUACAUGACCCAUCCCACCAAGGCUAUCUGUCCCAUUUUACUGGAAGACUUCCGGAAGAUCACGGUUGACAAAAAGGGAGAAACCAACUUCUUCACCUCGCAGAUGAUCAAGGACUGCAUGAAGAAAGUGAUACCUUUGAACCUCCACCAAACUGUCCAGGUGGAUGAUGAGCUGGAGAUCAAGGCGUACUAUGCAGGCCAUGUCCUGGGAGCUGCCAUGGUGCACAUCAAAGUGGGAUCAGAGUCUGUGGUCUAUACUGGAGACUAUAACAUGACGCCUGACAGGCAUUUAGGUGCUGCAUGGAUCGAUAAGUGCCGUCCAGAUAUCCUCAUCUCAGAGUCUACGUAUGCCACCACCAUCCGUGACUCAAAGAGAUGCCGAGAGAGGGACUUCUUGAAGAAAGUGCAUGAGUCCAUAGAAAGAGGAGGAAAGGUUCUCAUUCCUGUUUUUGCCCUUGGAAGAGCACAAGAACUCUGCAUCCUGUUGGAAACAUUUUGGGAGAGAAUGAACCUAAAGGCCCCAAUCUACUUCUCCACCGGGCUGACGGAGAAAGCUAAUCAUUACUACAAGCUUUUCAUAACGUGGACCAACCAGAAGAUUCGAAAAACCUUUGUACAGAGAAACAUGUUUGAGUUUAAGCACAUCAAGGCUUUCGAUCGCUCCUACGCUGAUAAUCCCGGACCUAUGGUGGUGUUUGCCACACCGGGUAUGCUCCACGCCGGUCAGUCUUUGCAAAUCUUCAAGAAAUGGGCCGGGAAUGAGAAGAACAUGGUAAUCAUGCCUGGGUAUUGUGUACAAGGAACAAUCGGUCAUAAGAUCUUAAAUGGGCAGAGGAAACUGGAGAUGGAAGGGAGAGCGACGUUGGAUGUGAAGCUACAGGUGGAGUACAUGUCCUUCAGUGCCCAUGCAGAUGCUAAAGGCAUCAUGCAGCUCAUUCGUAUGGCAGAGCCUCGCAACAUGCUGCUGGUGCACGGGGAGGCCGCGAAAAUGGAGUUCCUCAAGGGCAAGAUUGAACAGGAGUUCAGCAUAGACUGUUACAUGCCAGCCAAUGGAGAGACAGCAACUGUGACAACAAACCCCAGCGUGCCUGUGGAUAUCUCACUCAACCUGCUCAAGAGGGAGAUGGCUCUCGGAGGGCCUCUGCCUGAUCCCAAAAAACCUCGCACCAUGCAUGGAACCCUGAUCAUGAAAGAAAACAGUCUGAAGCUGGUGUCGUCGGAGCAGGCCCUGAAGGAGCUGGGCCUCAACGAACAUCAGUUACGCUUCACCUGCCGCGUGCAGCUCCAGGACCCGCACACCGACCCCGAGACACUCCACAGGAUCUACACACACCUCAAAAGCGUGUUAAAAGGUUACACCGUCCAGCACCUCCCUGACGGCACCGUCAUGGUGGAGUCUAUCGUCAUCAAAGUCUCCUCCUCCGCUGAGGACACCAACACCAAGGUCCUGCUGCUUUCCUGGAGUUAUCAGGACGAAGACCUGGGGAGUUUCCUUUCAAACCUGCUGAAAAAAGGGCUUCCAUCUGGACUGUGCUGAAAUGCCUUUUUGUCCCAAAGCAAUAAACAUUUGAAGGGGAACUCGCACUGGAAAGUAUUCACGCACUGCCAUCCUUUUGGAUCCUGAAUUUCCGGAGGCUACAAACUCCUUCCCAGUGCAGAGAAUUUCAAAUUCUUACCAGCCAACAUCAACAACUUCAAGGCUGUAUUUGCUCCCUUUUCCUGUAGGGAUAUUGAUCCCUAAAUGUAUUAUAUUUCUUCAAAUGCACCCAGGAUUCUUUCCUGAUUGGUCCAUUCUUUUACAGUAGACUCUUUCAUAGACUCAUUUAUAGACUGAACUGCACAAGAUAAAGAAAAAUAAGAUAGCCGUAUUCUGAUUCAUGCCUUUAUUUUGACAUAUAGAGGCAAUUUGAAUAAACACUUUUGUAGAAAA